GUCAGAUGGUGGGUGGGGUGAAGGAGGCUGCGGACGACUGACAGGUAGAGGUAGCUCCUUCAUCACAUCCAUUUCUGUAGCAGUCUCCUCCCGACCUGCAGGUCCCUCACACUCUCACGUACCAAGAGGGGGGUGUACGCUGAGCAUCGCCGGAGUGGGCUGCUGUUGGAGGCACGUACACACCGCCGCGCAUUGCGCUUCAUCAGACACUCAUCUUACGACCAUGAGAGGCUGCUCCAGCCGAUCCAAGUCCACUCAGAACCAAGGCAAGGCGGUAUGUAUGACCAACUGUCCCACCCUGAUCGUGACCGUGGGCCUUCCUGCAAGAGGAAAGACUUAUAUCUCCAAGAAGCUGACCCGCUACCUGAACUGGAUCGGAGUGCUGACCAGAGAGUUCAAUGUUGGACAGUACCGAAGGGAGUUCCUGAAGAUUUACAAGUCCUUCGAGUUUUUCCGUCCCGACAAUGAGGAAGGGUUGAAGAUCAGAAGGCAGUGUGCUUCAGCAGCUCUGAAUGAUGUGCGACAAUAUCUAACAGAGGAAGGAGGCCAGGUCGCCGUGUUUGAUGCGACAAACACCACCAGAGAAAGAAGGGACACCAUCUUGGAGUUUGCGGAACAGAACGGCUUCAAGGUUUUUUUUGUAGAGUCAGUGUGUGAAGACCCAGAAGUCAUACAGGAAAACAUCGUUCAAGUGAAGCUGGGAAGCCCUGACUACACAAACUGUAACACAGAAGAAGCCGUGGAGGAUUUCAUGAAGAGGAUAAAGUGUUAUGAAAACUCUUAUGAGACGCUAGAUGAGGUUCUAGACAGGGAUCUUUCCUUCAUCAAAAUUAUGGAUGUAGGCCAGCGCUACUUGGUUAACAAGGUGAUGGACCACAUCCAGAGCCGGAUCGUCUACUACCUCAUGAACAUCCACAUUACACCUCGCUCAAUCUACCUGUGUCGCCACGGGGAAAGUGAGCUUAACGUCAAGGGUCGGAUUGGAGGAGACUCUGGUCUUACGCCAGGGGGCAAAGAGUUUGCCAAGAAGCUAAACCAGUUCAUCCAGACACAGAACAUACGUGAACUGAAAGUGUGGACCAGUCAGAUGAAGAGGACCAUCCAGACAGCAGAGGCCCUCAAUGUUCCCUAUGAGCAGUGGAAGGUCCUCAAUGAGAUCGAUGCGGGUGUGUGUGAGGAGAUGAGGUAUGAGGAGAUCCAGGAAAAUUAUCGUCUGGAGUUCGCCCUGAGGGACCAGGACAAAUACCGCUAUCGCUAUCCAAAAGGAGAGUCCUAUGAGGACCUGGUGCAGCGCUUGGAGCCGGUCAUCAUGGAGCUGGAAAGGCAGGAGAACGUACUGGUCAUCUGUCACCAGGCCGUCAUGCGUUGUCUGUUGGCCUACUUUUUGGACAAGGCGGCAGAGGAGCUGCCGUACCUGAAGUGCCCACUCCACACUGUACUGAAGCUGACGCCUAUGGCCUAUGGAUGUAAAGUGGAGUCCAUCAGCCUAAAUGUGGAGGCAAUCAACACGCACAGAGAAAAACCAGAGAACGUUGACAUCCAUCGUACCACUGAAGACGCCCUUCAGACUGUCCCUGCUCACCACUGAUGCCUGUGUUGGAAUCUGCUGACACUGAAGUUGAAUGUUCUCUCCCACUCGUAAUGGACUUGUUGUGUUUCUCACAUUUCCAGUCAUCCCAACCUCAUCUCACCUCUUACCGAUUGGGUGGAUGACACACUACUGCCACAAUGUAUAACUCCCCAUGUGACCCGUGUUUGUCCUGUUCAAGGGGUUUUAUGGAGUUUAACCAGAACACUGGACUAUUAUGACCCAACAGUUCAUAUCUGAAAGUUACAGUUUGAUGAUAGAACAGCUGAUGCAUGUAUUUAUGAUUCAGACCUUUUGCCUUUCACGUGGUGGGGUGUUAUGAACAGAGUCCACUCUGUUGUGAAAUUCACCGUUUUCAGUGUAUUGUGCAGCAGGCAGAUUUAACAAUGGGAGGUUACUGUAACGUGUUUAAGUGUUAAAUUGUGUGGUUCUUUAUCCGAUAAUCAUAUUUGCUGCAUGUUUGACCUUGUGCAAUCAUAAAUUCACAUGAAGGUGGCUUCAGUGACUAUGUGCAAUUGGUAGGUUUUAAACCUGCUUAAAAAAAAACUAGCUGUGCUGAUAGGAGUGAAUGGGGUAGAGCAGUGCUACUUUGGUAAUUGGUUAUUUUGUUGUUGUAAAGCAACACAUUUAAGCAAUAGAAAUGCAAACAGGAUCUUUAGCCAAAAUAAGGGUUUUGUUCUUGACCUAAAAUGUUUGUUCCAACUUUACUGCAAUAAAGAUGUUAUUUUUCUAA